AUGGGAGGCGCCGGUGCUACUUCCGAGGCCAUUAGAAAAAGCGGCAUCGUCCCUAGCAUGCUCGAAAACCUCAAUGGACUCCAUGGGCCGCCUUAUAAGCCCACUGGAAACAAUGACAAGGAUGCCCAGGCCUUGCGCGACCGUCUGUACGAGUACAAUAAGAAGCGCUUCUUCGACGAGUUCUCGUACCCGUACCAGAGGAACCAAACCCGUCCUGACCGUUGGGACCGAGAAGGCGAGGUUAUUGGAAAAGAUGGGUUCGCCAGCUUCCCCAUCGAAGAAAUGAACAACGUUCGCUGGUACGUCGAAAACCGUAUUAUUCAAGGGGCGGAUAAUCUUCCUGAAAAAGAGAAGAACGAGUUCAAGGCCGACGUCGUAAACAUGGUUCAAUCCCUCAUCAUGACGGAUGACUACGGCUGGCAGGCAGAUGAGUUUGCGCGCACGUAUGGCGACUUGAGGAUCGAGGGCAUGAUCAUCUGGGAUGUGAUCAACGCGCCAGACCCUUCGGGAAACAACCCAAACUCUCAGCGGCUUAUGGUCUUGCAUUAUGCAGGCGUUGGGUACCCUCGACGGAAGAACUAA